AUGGGGCUUGCAUCUCCAAGUCUCGUCGCUGAUCACGGUCUCAGUAUUGUCAUCAUGUCCAAUGCUCUCGUUCCCGAUCGCAUAUCUCCCAUUUCACAGUCCUUUUUUGAGCAAAGCUACGGAGGGAUGCUCAUUUGUUGCAUGAUCAUGCUCGUGGUGUAUGGGUUGUCCGUACUUCAGACGUACAUGUAUUUCCUCAAAUAUGGAAAUGACGGAGUGUUGAAGAAAGCGAUGGUCCUAUCAUUGUGGGUGUUGGGAACAACGCAUGCAACAUUUGUAUACUACUACCUUGUGCUCAGUUACGCCAAUCCGCUACUGUUAAUAAGCGGUGUAUGGUAUGCAGUCUCACUGAUGAAGCUUUGA